UCAACCAGAGGAGUUAUUAUCAGCUUUGUGCCACAAACUUCGGUUUUGUUAUUCUUGCAAGACUUAUUAUAAUAUUACAAUUAAAUUUUACCGGAUCGAAGAGAGAGGGAAGGAAAUUCAAGAACCGCGUGAAUUACAUCAGUAGUUUCUCUUCGAUAAUCCCGACCGCAUCUGCAAAAACCACGGGGGAUGCGAGAUUCGAUGUGCAAUGAAAGUGUGGGAAUCGAGGAUUUUCCUCGUAUUAGCAGCGAUCACGAUUGUUAUCGCCAAUUAUCAGCGACAUCGCGACAGAUUUCACCUGCGCGAGCAGCUCGUUAACGGCCACAAAGUCACCAGAAAUAUCACUCAACUGCAAGAGGAAAUCAUCGCCAAUUUGCCUCCCUUGAGAAUUCCGCGAUUGAGGCAUCACCGUGUCACAGAUUGGGAUCCGUAUUUCGAAAACGCAGACGGCCAGGGUAUCAAUGGGUCGCAACAUGUGGCGUUGCAUCUCGGCGCGACUGCCUUUCUCGACUGUCGCGUCGCCAUGCUUUCUGGAAAGAAGGUCAUGUGGCUACGACGGAACACUGACUGGGCGUCUCUCUUAACUCUCGGCAACACCACCCACAUAUCGGAUUCAAGAUACAGCGUGAGCUUUCAAUAUCCAAACAAUUGGAGAUUGGCGAUCUCCGGUGUGCGCAGAGAAGAUCACGGAGUGUACGUUUGUCAAGUGAACACGCAUCCGCCGAGAAUGCUGAUUACGAACGUCACCGUUCUCGCACCGGAUAUUAGAAUCGUCGACGAAGCCAGACACGAGUUACGGGACCGAUACUACAAGACCGGAAGCGGGAUCGACCUGACAUGCGUUGUCCGGCCAUCUUGUCCGGAUUCGAGGGUACCGUAUCCUGUUUGGCGGAAAAAUGGCGAGACGUUGUUGGAUCACGUCAACGUUUAUCACAUUAAUGGGUCAAACGAGGAUGUAGUAACGAGACUGUAUAUCGAACGAGCGAAAAAGACUGACAGCGGAGAAUAUACGUGCUCAGUGAGCCAAUUUAGCACGACCGCGGUGCACAUUCACGUUCUAAAUGGUGAGAAACAGGCUGCUGUUUAUCACGACCAAUGGAAUGCAGCACGUACCAAUUAUCCCGUGACUUUUGUUACGAAGUUCUGUGCCGUGUUCGCCAACAUCUUUCUUUACUUGUGGCAAAAUUAUUUAUUAUAAGACCUGACUAUUUUACUGUUUUUAAACAGUUGUUACAUAUCGACGAUGAGUUUGUAUUGUGUGUAAAUUUAUAGACCACAGCUUGCGCCAUAUUUCGAUUAAA